AUGAGAACUUUGUUAUUUUUAUAUUUUAUCAAAAUUCUGAAAUCUGAAUUGGUUUUGGUUGAAACGGUAAGAUUUUUUGAAACAUUUUUUUGGAAAUAAAAAAAAUAGAUUUGGCGUCAUGGAGAUCGUAGUCCAACAGCAAAAAUCAACGCAAUUUCAAAAAAUGAAAGUGAUUGGAUAUUUGGAGGAGGCGGAUUGGGAGAACUAACUACAGUAAGCUGCAAAAAUUUGAGCUGCAAAAAAUUUGGGAAAAUAAACAAUUUGCAGAUUGGAAUGAAGGAACAAUUUAUACUUGGACAAAAAAUGAAAAAACGCUACAUUGAAAGUGGAUUUUUGCACAAAUUCUAUGAUUCGAAGCAAAUUCAUAUUCGAUCAACCGAUAAAAAUAGAACAUUAGUUUCAGCGAUGGCAAAUAUGUUAGGAAUGUUUUCGAGUGGAGGAAGACCGGGUAUUUAUUAGUUUCAAAAAAAUAAAUUUUUUGAGCCCCAAAUUCUAUUCUCUAUUUUGACUUCAAGUUAUCUCUAGGAACUGAGUAUUUUUUAAAUUUAAAAAAUUUAAAAAUUUUGCAAAAAAAAAUGUUUUUUUGAAAACUUAGAUGAAAAAAUAAAAUAACAAAAACUGUUAAGGAAUCGAUUAUCCUGAAAUAGAUGGUUGGCCACGUGGAUAUAUGCCAGUUCCAAUUCAUGCACCAGAAGAAUCUGAAAAUGAUUGUCUUUUGAAUAGUUUAUGCAAAUGUAAAAGAUCUGAUAAACUUCUCGAAGAAGCGAAAAAAGGCGAAGAAUAUCAACAAUUUAUAAGUUCAUCAAAAUAUAUCGAAGUUUGCAAAAACCUUUCAAUUUUAACGAAUGAACACAUAAAUGCGGAUAAUUUAUGGAAAAUUGAGGAUAUUCUUAUUUCACAGGUUGAAUACUUGAAUAUUUUGAGAUGUCAAAUUUUGAAUUCAUAAUUUUUAGAGAGCUAAUUUUCCAAAUUCAACUGAAUUAAUCGACGAAAAAUUAUAUAAAGCAUACAGAAAAGAAUUAUUAAUGACAAACAAGUUUUUAAUUGGAAUUUAUGAUCCGGAAAUUAUAAAUGGAAUUAAUAUCCGAGAUGAACUUUUGAAAUUGCGAGCUGGAUUAUUGGUGAAUUUUCGAAAAAAACAAAUAAAGUAAUAUUUAUGUUUUUCAGAUAAAUGAUAUUGUGAAGAGAAUGCGAUCAAUUGCAGAUUGUUAUUCAAAUAAUUCAAAAUGCGAUGAAAAAUUGAAAUAUUAUGCAUAUUCUUCUCAUGAUCAUACACUUAUGUCACUUCUAUCAAUUCUUCACCUCGAAAAUGUGAUAACUGCAAAAGAAAAAAUAUACGAAGGAGAAUGGCCAGAUUAUUCUGCAGAUAUUACAUUUGAAUUAUAUUUGAAUAAUUCAACGGCUUCUUUUAAAAUUUUUUAUCUUCAAAAUACGGAUUCAGAUUUCGAAGAUGUAACAAAUCAAAUAGCCGGGUGUGAAGGUUCAGAAUUUUGCGAUCUGGAAAUAAUAGAAGAAAUUGCCCUCAAAUAUCUUCCACCAAAAGAAAUCGAAGAAUUCUGUGAAAUUCCACCUGGUUUGGAACUUUUCUCUCCAAAAAUGCAAGCAUUGUCAAAAAAUUCGAAUAAAUUUCAUGCAUUUUUAUUUUUCUCAUAUUUCUCCAUAUUAAUUGUUAUUUUUGUUAAAUAA